GCUCCCCGGACUGUGAGUGGCGCCCUCCGCCGGGGUGGCGUUUUGGUUUCUCCUGGUCUCGUGUGUGCGCCCACAAGGGGAAGUGGCUUAGCCUUGGGCUGUGGAGUCGCAGUCCCGGAUUUCGGGUGGGUGCAGAAAUAUCCCCAGCGUGGGUCCCCAGAUGGACUACAACUCCCAUCACCCUUUCCCCAUCAUGGCAGGGGAUGAUGGGAGUUGUAGUCACACAACACCCAGGGACUGCUGUUCCCUCUAUGCGCACGCUCACAUGCUUUUCAAUGUCCGCUCAGUUAAUUUUAGACCCCACUCAGGUUGAAUCAGGAAGGCCCCCCUCUGAAUGCACAUGGUGCCUUUAUCCUGCUGCCCAGACCAAAACUCAUUCCACACACAAGUGAACAAAAUUAGCGGGGCCACUGCCAGGGGUGGAGAACCUUGGCUGUAAGGUUUCCGUGUGUGCAUGUGGGGUGGGGGGGGGCUACUCGGGCCUCUCCUUGAGAGCACAGAAUGGAGUCACCCCAACAGAAGGUGGCAGUGCUCAGCACAUCUCGCAAAGGGGGUGCCUGCUCUGCACCUUGAUGGUAGUGCCUCCCUGUCCUCCCGAUGUCAGGUUGCCUUCCCUCCUCCUCCUCCUCCUCCUCCACAGCUGCAGAAGCCCACGAAGCUGCCUGCCGCAUGGGGCAUGGCGGAUUGCUCUGGGGUUGGGAACUGAGGUGCUGCUGCUGGAGCAGGUGGGGAACUUCCCUCCUCUGGACAAAGGAGGGAAGCACCUCUUUUGCGGCUGGUGUUCCACAGGUAUUCCAGGAAAGGAAGGCGAGCAACUGGCUACUUUGGUGUUGGGGGAAAACUGCACUUCCUCGAAUCAAAACGUUCAGUGCGUCAUUGGUUGUGGGGGAAAUUCAUGGAGGCGGAAUAAUGCCAUAUGGGCAGAAAGGGGAGGAUGGGAGUUGUAGUCCAGCAACCUCUGGGGACCUGAGGUGGAGAACCCCCUCAUUUAAAGUGAUCCUGAAGAGCACUGAGCAAGCUCCACUGAGACAGGGUGGAUCGACAGCAGAGCAGCGCCGGAGGCUUUGAGUUCAAAGGGGGGUGGCUGGGAAUUCUCCUCUCCGCAGUCUUUGGGACACGGAUGGAAAUGGCCACCCCUUGGGCAAGAGAGCUGGUCUUGUGGUCGCAAGCAUGACCUGUCCCCUUAGCUAAGCAGGGCCCACCCUGCUUGCAUAUGAAAGGGAGACUAGAAGUCUGAGCACUGCCAGAUCUUCCCCUGAGGGAAUAAUGGAGCCGCUCUGGGAAGAGCAUCCAGGUUCCCAGUCCCCUCCCUGGCAGCAUCUCCAGAUAAGGCUGAGAGAGAGAUUCCUGCCUGCAGCCUUGGAGAAGCCGCUGCCAGUCUGUGAAGACAAUCCUGAGCGAGAUAGACCAAGGGUCUGACUCAGUAAAUGUGUUCCUAUCCUGCUUUGAAUGUGGCUUGCUUUGCAUUGCAAAUAACUGCCUCUUGGUGGUGCUGGCUCCAAGGUGGUGGUAUCUUCUCCCGCCCCCCACAGCUGCUUCCUCCAGAAAAUGCUUGCAGCAGCCCUACUGGGCCGGUGGGCCCCCUGGGCUUACCACCCUCCACCCCCUCACCUUUGCAUUUCCAACCCGUCCCGCCACUGAGAUGGCCGCCCCCUCCUGCAUUCCACCCUGCCGGUCUAACUGGAUUCGGCUUUAUCGCAGGAUGGCUGGGAAUGGAGCGUGCCCCGUGACACGGCGCUCCGGAGCGCACCAGGUGGUUCCUGGCUCGGAAUGCAACCGCGGGAGGACGGCUUGGGGGAGCUCCCUUUGUUUUGUUUCAAGGGUCAGGGUGCUAGUCCUCAGGAUUGAGAGGAAAUGCUGGUGGACACACGGGCCGGUUGGGGCUAAAGGCCUGGAAACUGGGACAGGAGGAAAAGACCACACACACACACCCCACUCCUGAAGGUGUCUUUGCAAGGAUUGGCUUUUCCACCCGCUUGCCUCCCUCAGUCUGCAACUGCUGCUCUUGUGAGCCGGGUACAGAAGGAAAGGGACUCCAGCGGCAGCGGAAAAUGCCAAGGGGGGUGGGGGGGGGUCAGGCAGCUGCCCGUGGCAGGGAACUGUGCAGAGCAACAGCCUGGAGGAAAGCCGGCUGGCAGGCCAGGGAAAGCCCCAGUCCCCACUUCCCUGUUGCCCCAAAGUCACUCCCUCCCCAGCCCCAAACAGCGGCACAACGGGGCCUACACUGCAGGGUUGCUGUGCCUUUCCUGACCCGUGCAUUUUUGUUGGGUCGUGCCUCCCCUCUGUCUGACAGGCCCUGAGGCGAUGGGCCACACGAAGAAUCCACAGGCCCAUUCACAGGGGUUACGUCCAACCUCCACACGGCCCACAUACAGCACACACAGGGGCCGCUUCUAACAGGCUCUGCUGAAUGUAGAUACAGAACACCCUGCCUAUCUGCACCACGCGGUCGAAGGGCCUGGGCCCAGCUCAAUUGGGGAAGUGGACAUGGGCACGGGCACACAAACAUGUACGAGCUGUACACUCGUACAGCAGAAUGUCCGAAUCGGGCUAUCACGCGGAGCAUGGACGUAGCACCGUGUGCGCGUAUCGGAGCUGUGUUUCCCCAAGAGGUCCCCAUCUUUGCCCUGGCAGAACUCCUGCUCACAACGGCUUCCCAUUGUACAGAGGAGGCGGGGUGGGGGCAGGAGAGUGGCUUGCCCAUGACCGCCAAGUGAGCCCAGGGCAAGAGGCCAAACCAGCUUGUGGUCCCGCUCUCUGCUGGCCCCCCUUGCCGAAGGGAUGGCAGUGUGCAACCGGCAUUUAAGCCUCCGAACUGCCCUGCAUCAGCCCUGCUGCCUGCUUGGUUCUCCUCUCAUUGCUAUGCUGCUUCCCAGCACAAGGAGUCCCCCCCCCCAGGAUGGAGUGGCAUCCCAGCCGCCCCUGGGGGGUUGCCUGCUCCUGGUCCUUUCUGCGGCAGGAAAGGCCGAUGCGCCAGAGGCGGAGCUCCUGCAAAGCCUGACCUGCCGCGUUUCAGCCUUGCAUCGGGGUGCCUUGUCCAGGGCACCCCAGGCCUGCCAAGGGGGAAAGGUGGCAGCCCCACGGAGAGGCCUGCCAAAGAAAGAGCCUUCCCGCCAGGCCUUCGGGGCCCACCUUCCUCUGACCUUAAGGCAAACUCAGGUGCAGUGGGCCAGGAGUUCAGCCGGUCAGGUGACACAGCCAGGGGAGGGGCUGGGCUCAGCCCUUACCUGUUUAGCCAGCCCAGCCGCCGCCGAGGGUGACGCCCCAGUGAGUCAGGCAGAGCUGUGCCCCCAACCUGCCCCACUGGAGCUGCUCGCUCUCCCUCUCUCUCUCUUCCUCUUUCCCCCUUUCCUUCCUCCUGCCACCUUGCCGGGAGGGCCCCAUCCACCCUCAUCUCAAACAGUCCCCUCCCUUUGCACAGGUACGCUCUGUGUGUGUGUCUCUCUCUCUCUCUCCCUCGGCCGCUUUCCAGGCAUCUGCUGGCUGAACUGCAGCCCGGCGGUUCCUCCCUUAUUCCCCCCUUCCUGGUGUCUUAGGCUGGGGCACCAGUUUAGACAGAGGCAGGGCCCCCUUCAGCGGGGCAGACCGUCUGGCCAGGAGCCAUGGGCACUUCCGAGGAGGACUAUAACUUUGUCUUCAAAGUGGUCUUGAUUGGAGAAUCCGGCGUAGGCAAGACCAACCUGCUUUCCCGGUUCACCCGCAACGAGUUCAACCACGACAGCCGGACCACCAUCGGCGUGGAGUUCUCCACCCGCACCAUCCUGGUGGGAGACGCCCUCGUCAAGGCCCAGAUCUGGGACACGGCUGGGCUGGAGCGCUACCGCGCCAUCACCUCUGCCUACUACCGGGGAGCCGUGGGAGCCCUCUUGGUCUUCGACAUCACCAAGCACCAGACCUACGACGUGGUGGAGCGCUGGCUGAAGGAGCUGUAUGACCACGCGGAGGCCACCAUCGUGGUGAUGCUGGUGGGCAACAAGACGGACCUGGCCCAGGCCCGGGAGGUCCCCGCCGAGGAGGCCAGGAUGUAUGCAGAGCUGCACGGACCUUCCUGGCUUCCGAAACUGAGCAGGAGGAAACGGACCGAGCUCCUAGCAGUGAAUUAGCCUGCAGAAGAGGAGGCGGAAGGGAGAGACCACGGUUGCCUUCAAACACCUGGAGGGCCUUCCUGGAGGAGCAGGAGCAGGAGCAAUCUUGUCCUCUGCUCUGUCGCUCCGGAAGGCAGGACUAGAACCAAGGGGUUGAAGCGACAAGGGAGCGGAUUCAGGCUGGACAGGAGGAGGAAUUUCCUGGCUGUAAGAGCUGUUGGACAGUGGAACCGUCUGCCUCAUGCAGCGAUGAUGUCUCCUUUGCUGGAGGAGGCUUUCGGACGGAGGCAGGACAGGCAUCUGGCAGGGGUGCAGCAGCAGAUUCCUGCCCUGAGUGGGGGGUGGGGGUGGACUAGAAGGCCUCCAAGGACCCUUCCCCACUCCUAUGAUUCUGUGGAGGGGGGUGGGGUUGCCAAGUGGUGCUUGAGACGUUACGAGUAGCAUUCCCUGACUUCCAUCUGUGACGGGUCGGGAGGUCUGGGACUCUCCAUAGCUGCACAGUGGGGAAGGCCAUUUGGGGGGAGAAAAGGUGGUCUCUCUUCAAGGCUCUUUCUUGCACGCC